AUGGCCAAAGGACAGCCUCGAUCGACACCGCCGCAAACCAACCCACCGCCCGUUGAUGUCGACAUGACGGACGUUCCGAACCCCGCUAGCCAGGGUGAGGAUGUCCGCCCGGGAGAGUUCACCAAGGACGUUCCGCCCGUGCCCAUAGGGGAGUUCACGAAACCACGCAAAACGUCAACGCUGACGGAUGCAGGGGAGGCCGGGCCGUCGUCUGUGCCGGACGGAUCGGGCGACCAGGACGAGGAAUAUUAUUCAUCAGCGAGCGACGAGGACGACGAAGACGACCCGCGGCCCCGACGUGGUGCAGGUCCGCGCACGUUGGAAGAAAAACUCAGGGGGGAACGUGCGUUCAUAGAGGAACUGUUGGAUGAGGACGAGCAUGAGGAUCUGUUGAACACGUCGGUCCCUCGAGAAAUGUGGAAGGCGGCCGACUUCGUAGAGGAAGAUAUGGUGUACGCGUGCGUCGACGUGCUCGUGAUGGAGGCAAUGCGCCACCUGAAAACCAUAGAGGCCAAGAGCACGCUCAAGUCCUACACCUCAUGGAUAAACGACUUCAAAAGGUGGGCGGCGAAGAUGCUUAAAAAAAUAGGCGACAAACUGCCGACAGCAGAACAAACGAGGCACGUCGACGAGAUAGGGCAUUGUACACACAACAACAAGAGCAAGGAUUGGGACAACGAGAAGGUGGUCAAGCGGAAGCACAUAUGGCUGCACGGCCCCCGGUUCACUAUUACGCGGCUGCGCGCCUACAUCAAGUUCAUGAGGCGGGAGUACAAGAUCGACGCAGAAACGAACGCGCCAGUGCAAGCCUACAUGGUGCACAUGAUCCCCGGCCGCAUCAAGGCCUGCCAGAUGGCGGCGAGGGUGGAGGCGACGCUCUACAAGGAGAAGGAGUUGGGCAUCAUGCGGGAAAUCUCGGUGGUCCGGUCGGAGGUGCUCACGCUGCUCUCCCACCACAGCCUCAUGCGCGGUGCAAGCAUCCGCGAGAGAACGCUCCCCGACAUCUUCCUGUACCGACUGGCGAGCACCUCGUCGGUGAACCCGGAUAACCAGCCGGUCGUCAUGGUGGUCGCCGCGCGGAACUCGAAGACUUCGAAGGAUGCGCGUCUUCAACAGAGCUACGCGGCGCGGGAGCGGUCAACGGUCCAGAACCUCGACCUCGAGGAGAAGAUUGAGAAUCGCGACGCAACCAUCGCGUCGCUCGCGGCCGAGAUAACCCGCCUCACUGAGGCUCUCCGCGUUUCAGAAGCUCGAAGGAUGCCGGAGGCGCCGCCAGCUGCGAACGACCAGUCGCCGAGCGACGGUGGCUCCGCGGAGUCGGCAAGCAGGGGUGAAGGAGCCAACAAACCCAAUAAACCCCCAGAGACGGUCGAGGAGGCUAGCUACGAGCUGAACGUAGUGCAGCCUUGGCGGACUGCAACGACCGUCAAGGACGCGUGGCGCCUCUGGACCUCGUGCACCAGCGCCGACACCCGUCGUCUGUGCGACAGGUUCAGGGAGCCGGGAUUCAUCGACCGCCACACCCUCCUCGACGGAGCCUCGCAAGGAGCACACGGCGCGCUUAACAAGAUAGCGGCGCCUGGCAUUGGGACCUUCGCGGAUGCCCUCACGGUGCUCAACGCGGACGCCGUAGCGACCUAUGCCGGGCAGGGUAAGGGCGUCAAAGGGCUCGGCAAGACGGAAGUUUCCAAGCUUCAUGUCGUCUGUGCGUUCGUGGGGCGCGGGUUCAAGCUCGAAACGUGGGUCGCCGACCUGUUCCCGGACACCUGGGUUGAGCAGAUGAAGAAGACGUUGGCCGACCUGGCCCGCGAAAACGACGCCGGGCAGCUGCCUCCAACCAAUAAGUCGACCAAGCGCGCGAAGACUGCGUGA